AGCAUGUGUGUUUGUUGAUAAGGUCGGUGCAAAAGUUACUGGAAUUUUCUUUAGGAAAAGGAGGCCUUCUUUCAGCUUAAAAUGUUGUAAUGUAACUUUAUUUCAGCUCAACGAAAAACAAGGGAUUUAAAGGUCAAAUCUGUAGUACAAAUUACAAUACAAUGGCUUCGGAUAAUGUUGUUAUAAAGCAGGAAGUGGCAGAUGCCAUGAAUCUGGAAGAGCGGAUUCUUGAUAUGUGUAAAGAAGAAGCUAAGGGUGUACCAGAUGCUUUCAUUAAGGACCAGUUGCCUCAUAUUGACGCUCAACAGAGAGUUAAAGCCAUCAACAGAUUACUCUCUCUGGGGCAGAUAGAUCUUGUGAAGCAUGGAUCUGAAUUGCUGUAUCGUCUGAAAGAUCCAUCCUCUAUUAGUAAAGUGAAAGGAGUUGACAACCAAGAGAGACUGAUAUAUCAGAUCAUUGAGGAUGCAGGAAAUAAAGGCAUCUGGAUCAGAGAUAUUCGUCUACGAAGCAAUCUCCUUCUUACACAACUCAAUAAGAUCUUGAAGACAUUGGAAAGUCGCAGUCUUAUUAAGGCUGUUAAAUCUGUUGGGGCCUCAAAGCGUAAAGUUUAUAUGCUUUUCAAUUUGGAGCCAGACCGAUCGGUUACUGGUGGAGCCUGGUAUAGUGAUCAAGACUUUGAGUCGGAGUUUGUGGAAGUUCUCAACCAGCAGUGUUAUAAAUUCUUACAACAGAAAGCGGACCUAGCCUCGGAAUCCAAUCUGGAUCCGAUCUUAAGAAGGAAUCAAUGUUACGGAUCUUCAGAUGAUGUCUGGAAGUUUAUACGUGAACUUGGGAUUAGUAAGGUUGAAUUAGCAGUUGAAGACAUAGAGACCAUCUUGAACACCCUGAUCUACGAUGGUAAGGUGGAGAUGACAGUCUCAUUAAGAACAGGUGCAACGUCUUCCGGAACACCAGGUCAGGUCAAACUGUAUCGAGCCAUCCAGCCAUUGACCCAGUCUGCUGGACUCAUGAAAGUCCCUUGUGGAGUCUGCCCAGUGUUCAGUCAGUGUUAUGAAGGAGGAACUAUAUCGCCAUCUACGUGUGUCUAUAUGAAAGAAUGGAUGGAUUACUGAGCAUCAAGGUAAAGACUUGAUGGAAGAUGAGAUGACCUCCUUAAGGCGAUGCUCAUUAAGGAUUCAAGGACAACCUCUUGGUCAGUGAGGUACAUGAGGAAAUCGAAAUGCCUUCAAGAUGCCUCCAAUCCAAGUAGGAUGUGAUCUCUGAUAGAACAGUGCAGGCCUUGAAUUUCACUCUUGAAGGAGCGCAGCAAUUUUCCUCUGGUAAGCAGCACUUCUUUGAGGACAAUUUUAAUUUGUGUAGGAACUUUGUGGAAAAGGACACCGCAGCAAAAGCUCACGGCACAAUGGGUGUUGUGGGUUAUUUUGAGACCUGCAGUGCAAGAAGUGGGAAUUGCUUUUGAGUUUAUGAGAAGAAAACUCACAGUGCUUCAUAAAGGAUGUUAGCACAGACUUUUGGACCCAUGUGUCAAUAUCAUCAAAUAACUGUUGUGGAGGGGGCAACAACAGUAUCGUCAUGAGCGCCUCACAUAGCAAUUCUGAUGAAAGAAGUUGGAUUGGAUUGGCAGGAAAACCUUUACCCGCUAAAUGAGAUUGAGACUUGCCCUAGUCCUCUGGGGGGUCGUUAGAAUGAGGUUUACAUCCUCAGAGUCUACAAAGGUCAAAGGUGAAAAAGGUUGACCUGACUGAUGCUCUUGGAUCCGGCUCAAGCAUCAUAACAAAGACUGCUGCGCAGUAAAAGAGGGGACAUUUUAUUGACCUUAGACACAAAGGAUUGUUAAUUUUACUUUUUGACAUUAUUGCCCCGAGUCUGCAAGUCUUUAUCAUGUAUUUAAAAUAAAUAUGUACCUUCUAAAGGUUGAUAUGAACUUUUAGUUUAAGGAUUAAUGGAAAGGUUGAAACUAUUAAAACACUUUAGAAAAGCGAAA